GCAGCGUCCAAUCCUAGCAGUGGCCCCACCCACGCCCUUGAAGGAGGUGUCUGUGGGCGCGCUUCCGCCCUUCCCCCUUCUGCCGGAAGUGUGAUGUGGCCGCGAGCGGGUCGCCAUGUCUGCCAUCUUCAACUUUCAGAGUCUACUGACCGUCAUCUUGCUGCUCAUAUGCACCUGUGCCUAUAUCAGAUCUUUGGUUCCCAGCUUACUGGACAAAAAUAAAACUGGACUACUGGGAAUUUUCUGGAAAUGCGCCAGGAUUGGUGAACGGAAGAGCCCCUUCGUGGCUGUGUGCUGUGUCUUGAUGGCCAUCAGCAUUCUGUUUGGACAGUAGCAACUGGAGAAUGUCCCCUACUACCGAAGAGCAGAGCAUGGAAGAACUUCUAGCAGAAAACGACAGCGAAGUGUCACCAAGUCUCCUCUGGCACAUUGGAUAACCUGGACAUCCCCCCUUCCAGCAAACGGACCAUCAUGUGCAGUAUUAGUGAUCAUAACGUAGCAAGCUCCAGAUGACAAGUAAUUAUUAAUGUCGAGUCAGUGCUGACACUCUGAUGUAACUCGUGAAACAGUGUCUGUUGUAUAUCUGAGUUUGAAGGGAGAUGAUUUUACACCAUGCAGUUGACAAGGCUUUCAAUUUUUUGUUUGAUAGACCUCCUUAAUUAAAACUUAAAAAUUAUAAAACUAGCAAUAAGACCACUCUUACAAGAAAAAAUAACAUUCUGACUCUAGGAUGUGUUUAUGAAAGUGUUUUUAGUUCUUACUGUCUGAACAAUUCCUGUCAUUUUGUGAUAGCUACACUCACACAUUAAAAAUAUGACCUCUGUCCCAAGUUACAUUCAGCUUUUGUUUUCUAAACUUACAAUUCCUCAACUAAUCUAUCAAUACUUUUACUGCUAAGAUAUCAAUAAAGGCAGGGACCAUAAUCACAGUGAUGUCUGAAUAGCUGCUGAUAAGAUGUGGGAUUCGAGAACCUGGACUGCUCUGUAUAAAUAUCGUAUAUAUUCAUUUUUAGAGAUCUGGAUCUCAGGUAAAUCAUUCCCCAGCUUUUUUCAAUAUUGUGACAAAAAGAUGCAAAAGGCUCUGCUGCUGUUGUUGCGUGUAAUACAAGGUUGAUAAACCAGUGAACAGGUGGCUUCUUAGGAGUCUUCAGAUAAGGAAUUUGUAUGUCCCAAUAUUUAAAAGUUGAAAAAAACAACUAAAUUAGGUUACACUCACUAUUAAUAAGAUUAAUUAGAUUACCUUUAGUAAUAAUAGCAUUUACUCUAUAAUUUUGAAAACUUUCAGUAAUCUGGUAACUUAUUUUAAUAGUGCCUGACAGCUGUGUUCAUACCAGACAACUAUAGGACUUCACAUUGACUGCAUUUGAGAGUUGUCUGUCAGCAGUAUUUUUUUGUUUUCUGAAAAGACGUGUGAUCAGAAUGAGCUAACCUGGCAAUAAAACACACUGAGAGGUA